CAAAAGCAAUCAUUGAUGUAAUCAUGAGACCGGUGCAUGUUGAGAUUAAACUCCUGAAGUCAUGCAAGCGAGCAGUUAAGCGGCGCGGUUCUCUUUCCUUCUCGGCUAAAAUCGCGGCUUUGAGACAAGACGACAUCAGUCCAGAAGUGGUGGGAAGUUGCAGGAGAAGUGCAGAGGACAACGAAAGACCUGCAGGCACACUCGGCUGGUGGUUUGUCACAGCGGGCGCUCAGCAGUUCUCCGAGUCUGCGAGCAAAAUGCCAGGCGAUGGAUUCACGAUUAAAAGUCGCAUCAGGAAUUUGCUGCGUUCUCCAUCUACCAAGAACAAGAAAAACAGGAGAGAAAAUCUCACCAGCAAGGUGACUUUGGAGAAGGUGCUUGGAAUCACAGCGUCAGGAAACUGUGGUCUGGCCUGUGACCCCCGAUCUGGACUGGUCGCCUAUCCUGCAGGGUGUGUGGUCGUCUUGCUAAACCCAAAGAAGAACAGACAGCAACACAUUAUCACUUCAAGGAAGACCAUCACAGCUCUGUCCUUCUCCCCUGAUGGCAAGUACUUGGUCACAGGAGAGAGUGGUCACCUUCCAGCAGUGAGACUAUGGGACGUGGCAGAGCGAAGACAGGUGGCAGAGCUUCAGAUGCAUAAAUAUGGCAUCUCGUGCGUGGCUUUUUCCCCCAACAGCAAAUAUAUUGUUAGUGUGGGAAACCAGCAUGACAUGAUUGUUAACGUCUGGGCGUGGAAGAAAGAUGUAAUAGUGGCAGCCAACAAGGUGUCCAGUAAGGUGACUGGCGUGUCUUUUUCUGAGGACAGCUCCUACUUUGUAACUGUGGGGAACAGACAUGUCAAAUUCUGGUACCUGGACCACUGCAAGGCUACCAAGGCCAGUGCUCCUGUCCCACUGCUGGGUCGCUCGGGCCUACUGGGAGAGCUGAGGAACAACUUCUUCUGUGACGUGGCCUGUGGACGCGGCUCUACUUCUGACUCAACCUUCUGCAUUACCUCCUCUGGCCUGCUGUGUGAGUUUAAUAGCAAGAGGAUGCUGGACAAAUGGGUGGACCUACAGACGGGCGUGGCCCAGUCCCUGUCUCUGUCUGAGGAUGUGAUCUUCUGUGGCUGUGCUGAUGGAACAGUGCGAACCUUCAACCCUGUUGAUCUGCACUUUGUCUGCACGCUACCGCGGCCGCACCCCCUCGGCUCUGACGUCUCGGCCGUCACAGAGGCCAGCCACCUAUUUACCACUAAAUCAGACGCCCGUUACCCAGACGCCAUUGCUGUUACCUAUGACCCCGUCAGCCACUGGCUCAGCUGCGUAUAUAAUGACCACAGUCUGUAUGUGUGGGACGUGAGAGAUGUCAACAGGGUGGGGAAGGUGCACUCUGCCCUCUUCCAUGCUGCCUGUGUCUGGGACCUGGAGAUGUUCCCAGAUGUUCCUGGAGAAUUGGGUGCUGGUCUGUCACCAGGUGCAUUCCUUAGUUGCUCAGCUGAUAACACCAUCAGACUGUGGCACAUGGACGGCUGGACACAUUCUCAGAACAUCCUCAGCAGUAAUCUCCUGAAUAUAAUCUACAUAGAUGGAAACACUAGUGCCUUGCUGGAUCCAGAAUACACAACAAAUGUGAAUGCAGACAAACCAGGGGAUGGACAGACAGCAGAAAACAGGACGGGCAUCAGGACCAUCUGUGUGAGUCCAGACGGCAAACACCUGGCAUCUGGAGAUCGCAACGGGAUGCUGAGGGUUCAUGACCUCAGCAGCAUCGAGGAGAUCCUGAAAGUGGAGGCCCAUGAUGCUGAGAUCCUCUGUCUCGAAUACAGUAAACCAGAAACUGGUCUGAAGCUGCUGGCCACAGCUAGCAGGGACCGUCUGAUUCAUGUCUUGGAUGCUGAGGACGACUACAGUCUGGUGCAGACACUUGACGAGCACUCUUCAUCCAUAACAGCCGUCCGCUUUGCUGCCAAUGACAACAAGGUGAGGAUGAUCAGCUGUGGGGCAGAUAAGAGCAUCUAUUUCCGCACUGCACACAAGACUGACAGGGGAUCUGAGUUCAGGCGUUCCCAUCACCUGGUGAGUAAGUCUACACUGUACGACAUGAGUGUGGACCCCACCUGCAAGUACGCUGCUGUUGGCUGUCAGGACCGCUGCAUCAGGAUUUUCAACAUCAACAGUGGCAAACAGAAGAAACUUUACAAGGGAUCAUUGAGUGAGGAUGGCAGUCUUCUCAAGGUUCAGCUUGAUCCGUCAGGUCAAUACGUGGCCGCCAGCUGCUCCGAUAAAAACAUCAGCAUCUUUGACUUCUACACCGGGGAGUGUGUCGCCACAAUGUUUGGCCAUGCUGAGAUUGUGACUGGGAUGAAGUUUACCAGUGACUGCAAGCAUUUGAUUUCUGCAUCAGGGGACAGCUGUAUCUUUGUGUGGCGACUGGCUCCCGAGCUAACAAUCAGCAUGAGAGAGAAGCUCUGCCAGCUCCGCCAAAACCCAAACACACCUCCCUGCAAGACCUCCAGUCUUAGGCGGGAGGUUUGUAGUGCCCCCACUCUGAGUGGUCUGUCCUCUGAUAGUGACCGCGAGGCUGAGGAGGAGGAUGGGGCAGAGAACGAUGACCACCACGACCCAGAAGACAUUGCAACCAUUACCUCCUCUGCCUCCGACAGCAGCCACGGAGAGGAGGACACAGCAGGUGGCUCAGAUGAAGGACAGGACUGGGAGAUGACAAAGCAUGGAGUCGUCGACCAAGUCACUCCUGAGUCUUCUAGGCGUCCUCGUAGGCGCUGGUCCCGUCGUAUGGGCUCUCUGGAAGUUAUGGUUAAAUCUAUGCUUGACCUCAGGCAGCUGGAGACCUUUGCUCACAAGAAAAACCCCAACUGUCACCCUCAUGACAGAGUGAGACAGAGCACGUCCAGCCUCCAGGAGCCCACGAUGCAGUUGGAGGAUAGAGCCAAGAGGCAUCGGCCCUGGCCGCACGCUGACUGGCUGUCCUCUCACCCUUCCAAGGGCAUCAGGGGGACUGAUGGAGCUGUGCUGUACCCCGAGGAGAACAUGGACAGUACAAGUCUACAGGGCAGUGAUUAUAUGGUGAAGGAGCAGCACUGCAGGAAGCAAGGCCGAGGGAUCCGCAUUGACAGCCAGGAAAGUCGCAGCCCAGACAGUGCUUGCUCUCUGGGCUACGACAGCAGGGAGUCCAGCCUGGAUCGUGUCCUGGAUGAUUCUGCAGAUGUGGAGUCCCUGGGCCAGGACAGCUCUGAUGAGGAGAAUGAAGAGAGGGAGAAAGAGGAGCCAAAGGCAGAAGUGACAAGUAUGGAUGAGGCUCUGAGGACAGUGACUGGCACUACUGACCGAAGUCAAGAAGAUUUCCUCAAGCAGAACUUUGAAACACUGGCAGAGAGCUGCAUUUUGGCUGAGCAGAGCACAGUCCCAAGGCUCAGUAUGUCUUCACGCUUCCUGGCCAGAGGACAUAAUAACAGGGGCAUGUCUCCAUUUGACAUAGUGCAUGGAAAGGAACAAGAAAGCCACUCUGCUAAGCCCCCUGUGUCGAAAGUUCGGCCUUUGAUGGAAGGCAGCACAGAAGACAAGACUCCUGUGUCCCCUGGAAGGAGCGAGGGGCCAAACAGGUUUGAUGCUUCAGAGAGAGACUGUGCUGCUAUUCUUAGACCCCUGAAGAAGAAGAAGAAGAGUUCAGGGUCCCACCUGUGGAGGCUGUCUAACCCUCCAUGCAAAGCUCAGCUGCCGUUGGACAGAGCGACGUGUUUACAGAAAUCACACUCUGUCCAGAACCUGGCCUCAGACUCUCCUCACUCACCUGCGCCCUCUAGUGACCGAAGGGAGAUGUGCAAGAGACCUCAGCAGCUUUUCCUGGGUCAUGACACUUCCAGGCCAUCUUUCCACUUUUCUUCAUCCUCCUCUGGGUCCCCACAGUCUCCGCAGUCCCCUCUACCCUGGGAGAGCCCGAAACUUAAGUCCCAGCACUCAUACAUGAACCCCACUGCCAGCUCCAUGGCCAAAAGCAGCCGCUCCUCCUCACUGGGGGAAGGCAUCCAUUUCAGCACUCCACCUUGCUCCCCCUCUCUCCCCAAGAACAGGAGGUCAUGUGGGGAACUGGAGGCUGACCCUCCUCUGCUCACCUCGUCUCCUGUUUCUGCUCUCCCCUCUUCUGUCUCAUCAGCAUCAUGUCUUCUGUUAAACAGUUCCUCAGCAACUCAUCCCCACCCCACAGCUACAGUUACACCCAGUCGUUUUACCCAGAAUAUCCCACCCUCUCGCAUCCCGCUCCCCAGACAGCCUCUGAGCCCACGCCGCAGCCUCUGCCUGGAGGUGACGCCAAGCUCAAGUUGGUCUGGCGGUCCAGCGGAGGCUACUACUCAUACCACGGAGUCUGGAUGUCAAAUUACACCUGCCGCGGGAAGUCAAGCACUGGUCAGGAAUCUGUCUCUGAGUUUGGAUUCUUCUUUGCCAAAUUCGCUACCAGUGAAGCAGAAGAAAGGUUCGGUUUCAGAGAGAGCCAAAGAGCCAGGACAGGUGGCUGUAGCCAAAGAGUGCCCUCUGGCGCUAGAAGAGGCCCACACAUCGAGUGCUGACCCACAGCCAGAUCAGUCUAUCACCUUGGAAACUUGUAGGCAGGCUGUUACCGAGCUUCACAACAGUCUGAGGAAAACCGUCAUGCUCUACACUACGGUACUACAAUCUGGUCAACAGCCCAGUGAACAUCACCAAGAAAUGAGGAGCAUCCUGUCUGAGACCCUGAUGACAGUCAAGGCUGAACUGGACUCCCUGCCUCACCCCACCUCACAGUGUGAGGGGCCCCAAGUGGAGCAAAAGGUUAAAGACGGAGGAGAGAAGGCGCUGGCUCUGCUGGAGCAGUAUGCAGAGCUGCUGCUGAAGUCUGUGGAGAGGAGACUAGAUACUAAGACCUGAGGAGCUGGUGUUUGCUGUGUGAAUGUAUGCACAUAUGGUAAUAGGAGCCAGACUCAUGCACAUACAGAAGCACUGUGAAUUCCGCAUUUUUUUAUUUACAAAGAGAUCUUUUGGAAAUUUAUUCAUGGGCUGAAUGUGGAUGAGAUGUCAUUAUAUUUGAAGACGUGACAGAAAUGAAUGUUGAGUAUUAUGCACUGAUAAAAGAACAAUUAAAUGUUAUUGCCUUAUUUUUCAAGUUGCCAUAGCUCUUUUUUGUCUGUUUUCCACUUUUAAAAAUCAAAUUUCAUAACCAGAAUAAAUUAAUUAAUUACAAAGGGAGAGGUCAGAAUGACAAAGAGGAUGAACUUAUAUGAAGAGCACAGAAUGUCAAAAGGGUCACCUGUGGUUCUGAGCACUGUUUAGGUGAUUUUGCUGAAGAUGUUAUAGUAAAGGUUAAGAAGUCUAAAGCCCCGUUAGCAUCUCCUAGAGGCUACAGGGUUCAUUAUUCCAAAAUAUAAAAAUUAAAGCACAGAAAAAUAUUAUCUGGUGAUCUGGAGUUUGCAUGUUCUCCCUGUGCCUGAGUGGAUUUUCUCCGGGUACUCCGGCUUCCUCCCACAAUCCCAAAAACAUGCACAUGCGCAUGCACUUGCAUGUUACUGUCUUUCUUUGUGUGUCAGCCCUGAGACUGGCAACCAAUCCAGGGUGAAACCCACCUAUAGAAAAUGGAUGGAUGAAUGAAUGAAAUUUGCAUGCAACACUCA